AGGGCGACCUUGGUUUUCUCCCGCAAGCUUUGACUAUGACAGUCUAGUGCCUAGAUUUUUUGUGAUUAUAGGAAACAUGAAAUCAGAAAAUGGUGCAACGCUUCCAUUCAAUACCGAUACACUUGUGUCAGUGCUUUCUCAGAAUCUAGAAUUAAAUUUAAAACCCCAUCAAGUUUUACAGCUUAUUAAAAAGUUAUCAAAUAACUUGACUGGUCAACAGAAAACAAAUUUACUUGAACAUCUUCUGGGUUUAACAACUAUUGGACAUUUUGAAAGUUUACGCUUAGCUACACACCUUCAUUCAUCAUGUCAUCGUAUGCCAGAUUGUUGUGAUUUUGUUACCUGGUUACCGGCUGAAUUAACUUUAAGAAUUUUCUCCUAUCUAUCAUGGAAAUCUUUAGUCAUUUGUUCAGAAGUGAAUAAAAGUUGGUUGAAAUAUGCACGACAUCCAGAGUUGUAUCGUCAUUUAUGCAUGCAACCCCAAUGGUCAUCACCUAUUCAACAGAAAUCACAAUUAUUUAAUAAAUUAAUGUUAUCCAGUGGAUGUAAUUAUCGUGUACAAGAUGAAAAUAUAAACAAGUCUGAUAGUUUAACCAAACAUUCUGUAGAUAUUAAUUGGUUGAAUGUAUUCAAGAAACGCGUAUGUUUACGACGUAAUUUUCGUUUGGGUAAACAUCGAAUACGCAGGUUCAAUGGACACAGUGGAGCGGUUUAUUGUGUUGACUGUGAUGCCUAUCGUAUUGUUAGUGGAUCAGCUGAUGCUACAAUCCGUGUAUGGAAUAUUCGUACAAAUGCAAAAUGGUCUGUUCAAACACUUCGAGGACAUUCAGAUGCUGUACGCUGUGUACAACUGUUAUCAUUACCUCACCACUUAUCCAACAAUAGCAAUAAUCUGAAUAAUACAAAUAAUAACUCACCUCCUGUGCAUUGUAUUCAUGAAUCAAUUGCUUCAAUACCAUGUUCACUUUGUAAAUUGGAUCCAACUAUUAAUUAUCCUAAUUGUUGGGAACCGCCUGAAGUUCUUCUUAUAUCUGGUAGUGCAGAUACAACAUUAAAACUAUGGCAUCUUUCAUCAACCCCGAACUGGUCGCGUAUCGCAUGUACAUGCACACUACAAGGGCACACUGAUACUGUUCGAUGUGUUCAAGCUGACCAUGAAAAAGUGAUUAGCGGUUCAUAUGAUUGUACCCUACGUUUAUGGAGUAUACAUAGUGGUCAGGUGAAAAGAAUAUUCCGUGGUCAUUCAGCCGGUAUAACUUGUCUAGUGUACAGUGAUAAUCUUCUUUAUUCUGGUUCUCUGGAUAAUACAGUUCGAAUAUGGAAUAUAUCUACUGGUGUAUGUUAUUAUACACUAGCUCGACCCAUAUUUUCAAGUAAUCUACCCGAAGUGUCCAUCUCGUCUUCCGUUUCAUGCUUACACUUGGAUUAUGCACAGAAUAGACUUGUUGUAGCCUAUCACGACGGUGUAGUAUUAACUAAGCAUUUAUCAGUACUUGUUGAAUUGAUGAAACCUCAUCAACGCGACAACACCUACAAUACUACUACUAAUUCUAUUAGUAGUAGUAGUAGUAAUAAUGGUGAUCAAAGUCAUAGUAUAGCACACUGGUCACUUUCGUCAGAUACGAUCUAUUUAGAUGAAUAUUUAUAUACAAAUGAUUAUAAAUCAGGUACGCUAAUUCGUUGUUUAACUGGUGAUGCAUGGCAUAUUAUAUGCGGUUCGGAUGAUAAAUCGAUAAAGGUUUGGCAAGUAGGUGAUAAUAAAUUUGUCAAUAGUUUACAAGAACAUGAAGAUGGUGUAACUUGUGCUGUGAUAUCUGGUUCUGUGAUAAUCUCUGGAUCCUAUGAUAAAACUGUAAUCUUAUACGAUUUUGAUGUUAUAUAACAAACAGAAUGAUGGAUUGUUAUACUUGGUUUUGUUUUUUUUAUAGGGUGUUUUUGUCUUUUCUCGCAUUCUUCACAAUUGUACAUUUUAACUUUUUGGUGUUUUCACAUUUCCCAACCCCGCCCUCUGUCUCUCUCAUGGGAUCACUCAACUUGUAUAUUAUUGUUAUUAUUAUUACUACUACUAUUAUAUUGCUUUCAGGUGUAAUUUCACUCUGCUUAUUUUAUAAUCAAUAUUUACUAUAUAUUGCAUCAUUUAUUAUUAUUAUUUGUUUUUAUGUGAUAAAUGCUUGUAGUUUCAUCUGUUCACUUCCCUUUUGUAUGUACAAUGUUCAUGUUACUACUUAUUUAUUUGUCUGGAAGUAGUCGUAUAUCAAGGAUCUUUAACUGUCUUUAAUGAUCUUCCAAAAUGUUGACUUCUCUUCCAAAAGAAGUUAGGUAUUAUUAUUAUGUGAUGUGUGUAUGCUUUAGGAGAUAUUUCAGUUUUCUUUUUAAAAUAAGAAACAACCUCAAGUGUCUUUGUUCCCUUAGCUUACCUAUAGGUGUUUUCCUGAAGUCAUAGCAUUUCACUUGUAGUUAUUACUUGUUUCAAUUGAAUUUUAAAAAACCUCUUCUCGGGUAAAUUUUAUUGUUUUUUUUUACAUAAUUUCUUCUCAGUUCUAAUUACAUAUAUAUAAAACCUUACUACUUAAUCAGAAGUUUUCAGUUAUUUCAAUAUAGAAAGCGAAAACUUAUAAAUCAAUGAAGAGAGAGAGAGAGUCUUGUCUGCGGCAUCACAUACUUGCUACAGAUGUACACAACUGUAAUUAUAUGCAAUGUUUCUUUUUUCUCCUGAAUUACUACAGUGGUUUUACAUUUCAACAUACCUGUAGAUUUCUUUUAAGAAGUUCGGAGCGACAAUCUGAUUGAUUAAUUAAACCAAAAACCAUUUUGAGUGAUGCUUAAGAUCCAAAAACGCAGGAUUUGUUUAAAGCACCUUCUAUAUUAUACAUGAAAUAAUAAAAUACAAUUUAAAAACAUCAAAUUAUGAGGUAUCUUUAGCUGAAUGCUGUCAGAGAAAUAGCAGGGCUACUAUCCACGAUCAGAUUAAACAGCGCGCGGAUGCCAGACAAACAAAAAAAUCGAUUUGAAUAAAUAAUGCUUAACACAGGUUAUUUAAAUAAAGUAGAUGCUGUUUAGCUAUGAGGAAAUAAUUACUAUAUAUUGUUAACUUGAAUAUUCCCAUAAUUUAUUCAGUAUGAAAGUGAAAGCUGACGCACACCUGAUAUCAAUGGUCGGCCUGCAAAAUUUGGUCUACCGAUAUGAUAUCACAUGCUGAAAAUUCUAUACUUGUACCAAAAAUACACUGUGGAAUCAGGCUGUAAUCAAAACUAUAAUAUAUAUAUAUAUAUAUAUAUAUAUAUAUAUAUGCUGAAAAUUGUGCAUAUUGUGUGAACUUAUUGUGUAUAAUAAAGCUAUUGUUAUAAUUAUUGAUGUGACUUCGAAUUGUCGUUUUAUCAGAAAGUCCCACAAUCUGAACACAUUGUAGAAUGCGAUGCAAAAACAUUGAAGAUGAAAUUGAAGCUAAACGGCUGAAUGAAGUCCAGGUAGAAGGCUUAAACACUAAUGCGUGCCCUAAUAUGAUUUAUAGUCAUGUAACAAGUGACAAACCGGGAUGAAUACAUAGUGAUAUCGUACAACUUAUCUGUCGACAGCCUGGCGUAGUAAGCUCGAGGAAUGUGCUUAAUGAUAGCACAAUGAGUGAGCGAGCCACGUACAAGCAGUCAAAAAGGAUAAAGAUGGCGCAGCGACCUAAUACAUGAAUGCGUUAAAACAAAAGUUCAGAUAUUCAAGAUGCACUAUAGUUUAUUCCCACCCCCUUAGAAGGUUGAUGGGAAAGCGGCAACCUUCUAUACAUGAAAGCAGGAGGUUGAGAGAUAGAGGUUUGUACAAUAACACUCAGGAAAAAAGGAAGACUAAAGACAGUAAUGAACAAGUGUGAAAGGAAGGAAACAGGUUAAGCGUUAUAUAAGAAGAGAUAACGAUUUCACAAAGUUUUAGGUUGUUUUUAGUAUUAUUUUUAUUUUAUUGUAUCGGUUAAUAUUAUUAGAUUUUUCAAAACUCUACCGGUACGGGUUUAUGUGCCACACACUUAUGAUGCGUGGAGGUCUGUUGAUACCAACCCGUUGCCUAGGCGGAGAUAACGGAAAAGUGACUCAUUAUCUGUAAGUUGUAUCUUAAACCGAUGCUCCACUCUUCCGCUUCUACAAUAAGUACAAAUCGACACUAAAGAAAACAAAUAUACCAGGGUAUUCGAAAGAAAAAAGUAAAAACACAAAAAGAAAAGCAAAAAUGGAAGAAGAGGGUAAAAUUUAAAGUUGUCCGAAUACCUAGAAACAUGAAAGUUAUACCCCAGGUUGAAAUAAUACAAAUGAAAUUGCUAAUAGUACGAAAAUUUGUAGAAGUUACAGGGUGACAUGGCUCAAAAUCGUUCUCAGUGGCGCAGAUGCAUCCACUCCCCGUGACUUGUGA